UCCCGCUCCGCCCGCAGUUUUCACUUGACCAAAGAAAUGGUGAUGGAGAAGCCAAGUCCCCUGCUGGUCGGGCGGGAAUUCGUGAGGCAGUACUAUACUCUGCUGAACCAAGCACCUGACUAUUUGCACAGGUUUUAUGGAAAGAACUCUUCCUAUGUCCAUGGUGGCUUGGAUUCUAAUGGAAAACCAGCUGAUGCAGUUUAUGGGCAAUCUGAUAUCCACAAGAAGGUGCUGUCAUUAAACUUCAAGGACUGCCACACAAAGAUUCGCCAUGUGGAUGCCCAUGCCACCCUCAACGAUGGUGUUGUAGUCCAGGUGAUGGGAGAGCUCUCCAAUAACAUGCAGCCCGUGCGCAGGUUCAUGCAGACAUUCGUUCUUGCGCCUGAGGGUUCUGUUGCAAACAAGUUUUAUGUCCACAAUGAUAUCUUCCGCUACCAAGAUGAGGUGUUUGGUGACUCUGACACUGAGCCUCCAGAGGAAUCAGAAGAGGAAGGGGAGGAACCUGAGGAAAGACAGCAGACACCUGAGGCUGUUCCUGAUGAUACUGGUGCUUAUUACGAGCAGACUGUCAGCAAUGACAUUGAGGAGCACCUGGAAGAGACAGCUGCAGAAGCAGAGCCUGAGCCAGAGCCAGAACCGGAACAAGAACCUGAACCAGAGGUGCAGGAGGAAAAAUCUGAGCCGGUGUUAGAGGAGUCGGCUCCAGAAGAGACUGUGGAAAAGAGUCCUUCUCCAGCUCCUGCUGAUCCAGCUCCUGCAGUGCAAGAGGACUCCAGGACAUUUUCCUGGGCAUUAGUAACCAGUAAGAACCUCCCUCCCAGUGGAGCUGUUCCAGUGUCUGGAAUACCACCUCAUGUUGUGAAAGUACCAGUCUCACAGCCCCGCCCUGAGGCAAAGCCUGAAUCUCAGACCCCACCCCAGAGACCUCAGAGGGAUCAGCGAGUGAGGGAGCAACGAACAAGCAUCCCACCACAGAGGGGUCCUAGACCAAUUCGUGAGGGUGAUCAAGGAGAUGUGGAAACUCGUCGGAUUGUGAGAUACCCUGACAGUCAUCAGUUGUUUGUUGGGAAUCUUCCCCAUGAUGUGGAUAAAACAGAACUGAAAGACUUUUUCCAAAGCUAUGGCAAUGUUGUUGAACUCCGCAUCAACAGUGGUGGAAAGCUCCCCAAUUUUGGGUUUGUGGUGUUUGAUGAUCCUGAACCAGUUCAGAAGAUCCUUAGCAGCAGGCCCAUCAUGUUCAGGGGAGAUGUGCGCCUGAAUGUGGAGGAGAAGAAAACACGGGCUGCCAGGGAGGGUGACCGCAGAGAUAACAGACCACGUGGACCUGGAGGCACUCGUGGGGGGCUGGGAGGUGGGAUUCGAGGGCCUCCACGUGGAGGAAUGUCCCAGAAGCCAGGAUUUGGAGCUGGAAGGGGGAUCGGGCAACGCCAAUGAAUGCAUCACGGAUGUUGACAUGGUGGCGCAAACCCUUUUUCCUGCAGAUUUGUGAAUUUCAGCCUUGGGUAUCUUGGAAUGUGGCCCUAGCCUGUUAUAGACUGCUACGUUUGAUACUAUUUUGGCCCUUUUUUGUUUGUG